UGUCCUCCACUGCUGGCCGGGGAAGAUGCGGCGUCCAGUGUGGCGGUGGCUUUGCUUCGGACUGUGCAGCCUCUUGCUGGGACUGGCGGAGGCCCCGAGCCCCGUGGAGCCGCCGGAGCGGAGCCGGCCGUAUGCGGUGCUGCGUGGGCAGAACCUGGUGUUGAUGGGAACCAUUUUAAGCAUCCUGCUGGUGACCAUGAUCCUUAUGGCAUUUUGCGUCUACAAGCCCAUUCGGCGCCGGUGAUGGCCGAGCCAGCGAGUCCCUCCGCAAGCAUGUGGGAGCAGAGGAAGUCUUGUUGCACGUGGGUCAGGGGAGAAGUUGGAACCACAACUUUCCUGCUUGGAAAUGGUCUUUGGUCUGGACAGUUGGUAAAUGCUGAAUGAUUUAGAAACAAAUAUCUAGCCAUUAUCUUAACACUAUAAGCAAGUAUGUGGCCACUGAGUCUGCUUCUCGGUGUUUCUUUUUAUAUCUGGCUGUACUUGUUAAAAGACAGACCUGAAGCUCCAAGGUUCAGUGUCAAGAUGGAGUGCUCACGAGAAAGAAAACAUGACUUUGUGAACGAUGUAAAAACCAAACUGGAAAGGAAUAAUCAUUAAUGUUUGAAAAUAUUAGGAAGAGGAAGACUUAACAUGUAGACAUUCCCUACUUAACAACCAUUUGGUCACAACUGGUUAAGAAUCACAGAUGUUUUUAAUUAUCCUGAGUUGGCCUAGACGCUCGUUUGCAAAGCAGUGUCAGCUGUGGGCAGUGUAGGCUGCCAGUCCUCGUGCUGCGAGGAGCUCUGCUCUCAGAUGCCCCCACUGAAGUCAGGGGUAGGCCUGUGACCACGGGCACCCUUGGGCAGAGAAGCUCUGGAGGUGGCUGGAAGUGUUAGCAGUUGGCCCGUCUGAAAAAGAACUGGUCCUUCUGGUCAAACACGUUGAUCUCCUUGUCCUGCACUGAAGUCUUCCCAGCCUGUGGCCUAGAAGUCAGGGCAGCUUUUGCAACUCGGAAUGUGAAAGAGACUCAGCAGGGGCUCUUUUCCGCCCUGGGUGGGGAGGGCACAACAGAAGUGUGUGUUCACUGUAGCGGGUGGGUAUGUGUUUACACAAUUUAAUUUCAGCUUUGAAAAUGCUGCUGUUCGUUUGCACUGUUGGUGAACUGGAUGGUGAACUGGAUCCCCCAUGAUACCCUCAUACUUACAGUAUUUAUUUUAAGGGUGCUAGGUUUAAAGUGUAAUUAAAUUAAAAUGCUUGUUUGUGCUCCAUUCAAGCACAGCACUGAUUUUGUUGUUAUUAACAACCCGCACUUAAUGUGAAGUACUGACAUGGGAUACUGUAACUGACUUAAGGAUAUUGUUUGUAACCCUAACAUUGAGCCACCGAAAUGUUUACUGUUCUGUGCUUUUGAGCAAAAUGUCCAUUAAAACUAAA